AUGCCGGCGCCUUUUCCAAUUGAAUACCGACAUUUGGACAUAACAGCAAGUCGCGUGGCGGCCGCCCUGCGUGCGAACAAUAUCGGUCAUGUCUUCUGCGAUAUCGAUGUCAUUACUGACAAAAAUCCCGCGGAUGCGUUGAAUUCCAUGCCGGAAUUCACUCGUAUUUCACAAGGUUACUGGGAACAUCGCUGGGGCUUCAAAUUCUGCGGCAUCACGGUCCAGGUGGAUUUUAUGAAGUCUCCCUUUAAUAACAAAGAACGGUGGAUCCCAAGCCCCAGCGAUGCACUUGUAAUCAAUGCUCUCCCGGCAAAUUACCCUGGUCGUUCCCUUCAAGUCCCUGUGAAAAUCAUGUACCCGUCCAUGCUAACCAGAUUCGCACUCAAGCUCAUCUCAUGGACAUCAUGGCAGGGCUGCGAUGGCUUUGGAAGCUUCUCUAUUCUUGCGAAGCUUUAUCGGGAUCACAAGGAGUCGCGGCCUCUGCUCGCCGCGAUUCUCCCACCUCAUGAUCUGAAACGCGUUCUUGAAUCGGAUUCCAUUGAUGAAUCGGAUUCCGAUUGCUAUGAUGAAGAUGAUUCGUCCGAUGAGUCUUGA